AGUUUCUAGUCUUCCUUGUACGGUCCAUGUGGCGCCAGUACAAUUUUGCGCGCGCGACGAUCAUCUCGUCCCAGCAACCCUUAAUUCGAAGCCCCAUAUUGCACCUCGUUAUAGAAAAUCGUGGUUGAAGAAGACGUGGCUAAGUACGUGAAAUUUUAACAGUCAUUGAUGGAUUUAACGCUCUUCAUGUGACGAUCUAAACAUGGCUGUGUGUUUAGUCGUGUUGCUCCUGCUGGCGUUGGCGUUAGAUGUCGGAGGAAUAUAUAUAUCUCAGAAGUCGGCGACGAAGGUAGUAAACAACGAAACGUUUAUAGUUUUUUGUCGUGACGACGUCGGGGGCCUUCCGAUAAAAUGGAGAAACCAAAGAGGCGAGAUUUUGGGUCCGAAGACGCGUCCAGCUGUCCACAAUACGUCUUACGGUACUUCGAUCAUGUUCACUAAUCCCUUGAGAGUCGAAGAUUCCGGCAAUUACACGUGUUCGACCGACACAGAAAGCCGAGUGUUUCAGUUUUUGGUGGAUGCACCCCUCAAAUUCACCGAUACUUCGACGAACCAAACAGCAGUCGAAGGCUCCGAAUUCAACCUAAAAUGCGAAGUCAAAGGCGGAUCCACCUCCUGGUCAAUGGACGAAGGUUCAGCAAUUACAGAUAAUGCAAAAUACGCCGUCCUCGGCGAUGGCCUCCUGAUAAGAAACGUCACCCGAUCUGAUAGCAAAACCUACAUCUGUAAAGGAGUUCAACCAAGUACGGGAACAGUUCUGGACCGCCCCAUACAUCUACACGUGUUGCACAAGCCGGUCCACCCGAACCAUCCGAUGAGACACGUCCGCCAAGAAGUUAUCUACGGCUACAUCAACGGCACCACCAAUCUGACUUGUGUCACGAUAGCUAAUCCUCCGGCUAGUUUCUCCUGGAAAAAACACAAGGACCCAAAGAAGAAACUUGGAAAAAUCAUUAAGGAAUCGGAAGAAAUUUCCAUCCUACAAUUGCACAUUCGUGACAAAUCCUUCUUUGAUAAUUACACUUGCAUUGCUAGAAAUAAAUACGGGGUGUACGAGGAGUAUUUCACGCUCAAACAGGGUGCCCGACCAUUGCCGCCGAGCCAAUUCCAGUUGGAAGAAAUAAAAAGUAAGUCGCUCAUAUUCAAAAUACACGGCCCGACGAAUUCGUCUGAGAUGGAUUUAGGCACGAAAGGAUUUAACAUGAAGUAUAAGAAGAUUGAUGACAAAGAAUGGAAACAAAAGGAAUUUAAUAUCACACAAGAUAAUUUGUAUUCUUUAAAUGAUUUGGAACCAAAUACCGAAUACGAAGUACAAGCGGCUACUAGAAACGUCGCAGGUUUAAGUGUUUAUGUUUCUUCAAGCACAUACACGACCUCACGAGCCGCCUCUGUCCACAUGACUCGGCCUUUACUGCAUAUUCUAGGCGCGAUAAUUCUAUUAGAAAAAUUCUUUUGGUGACUUUGAACUAAUAAAACCGGGAAUAUACUUCAUUCUACUAUACGUAUGCGAGAACAGGAUAACAAGUCUAAAAAGGUUCCUUUUCACAAUUCCUCUUAAUCUUAUCAUAUCAUUAUCUCACCAUAUUCAGUCAUGCAUCGUGAUCGAUUAAGUUACAAAGGGAGGUCAUUAGUGACCUCAUUUUGUAUACGAACGAUUAUUUUUAAAAAGUGCCAUUUUGUAAAUAUGAUUUAGUCAAUUUUGAUCAUUUUAAGUUGACCAAACUAUUCAAUGUAAAUAAUAAAUGUAUGCUAAUUAUUGUUGACUAACGUGCCAAUGUUAAUGAAUGUUGCAUUAUUGGUGUAGCUGUGUUUUUAGUCUCAUGGCUUUGUUUGGAAUGACUGACAAUAAAGUCGAUUUGUAAACAACUGUUGAAAUAUUUCUACCAUCAUAUGUGAGAAGACAAAACAUUUCGAUAGCAUUACAAAUCCUAUAGACGACUAUUUAUCAGAAUUUAUUCGACGGUUAUAUAACAAAUUGUAAAAGUUUAUCGCUUUUAAUUGUAUUUAUUACAAAGAUCCGUGAUAUAAUUUUUGUUGUCUAGAUAAUAAGACAUCGGUCCGUCUUGACAGGGCUCUAGAAAUAGUUAUGUUAUCGCCCUGUGAAAACGGCCAACAUCUAUGAUAAAAUAAAUUUGUUUUUG